AUGAUUACUACUGGUAGACAAACUCUCCUCAAGGUCAUCAUCCUCGGUGAUAGCGGGUCUGGCAAGAAGGCUCUGCUUAAUAAGUGGGUGUACAUAAUUAAGCAUGAGGAUGACAAUUUUUCAGCCACCAUUGGAGCCGAUUUCUUGACCAAGGAAUUACAGUAUGAAGACCGCCUCUUCACUUUAAUGGUUUGUGUUGUACCAAGUCAAAACAGAUUCCAGAGCCUUGGUGUAGCUUUUUAUCGCGGUGCUGAUUGCUGUGUGCUUGUCUAUGAUGUCAAUUCCGCUAAAUCAUUUGAAGAUCUCAAUAAUUGGAGGGAAGAGUUUCUGAUCCAGGCAAGUCCGUCGGAUCCAGAGAACUUUCCCUUCGUUGUCAUCGGUGGAAACAGUCGGAUAGUUUCAGAGAAGAAAGCUCGAGCUUGGUGUGCUUUAAAAGGAAACAUUCCAUACUAUGAAACCUCUGCCAAAGAAAGCACCAAUGUAGAAUACACUUUCAUCUGUAUCACCAAGGAUGCAAUGAAGAGUGGCGAAGAGGAAGAAAUGUACAUGCCGGACACAAUCGAUGUGGGAACCAGCAAUACACAGAGGUCAACAGGAUGUGAAAGCUAA